AUGGAUAUCAAAACCUCAAUUUCAAGUCAAGAAUGGCAUAUACCGCGGCCGUCGUUGGCAAGUAAUAAUGGAAGCAUUAGCGACGCGCGCUCCCGCGGAGGCUCCGCCUCCAGCCAAGGCUCGUCGAGUAAUCACAGCACACACAGUGUAUCUUCAGGUUCACAAUUGUUAAGUGCAGCGCAUUUAUCGAGAAUGAACGGCAAGAAUUCUUUACAAGAGUGUGGCAUUUCCCAAACUCAAUCACGAUAUAUGGGCAUAGAAAAAAAACCUACAAUGGCCAAUGCGGUGGUAUCGAUUCCUGAGGAGUCUCGAGACCCAACAGACACAUUUUGGUCUGAUGUGAAGCGGGGAUCUAACGCAGGACCUGAUGCCGCAUCUGUAGCCAGCUCAACCCAUUUUACGGUGGUAAAUGGAUUUACGAAGCAUCGCCCCAGCAAAGAACCGAAGUCGUGCUGCUGCAAUCAUUCGCACCAAAUUACAGUUCUUGUUAUAUCGAUGACAAUUUUGUUCUCAGCCUGCAUUCUAGCGGCUAUAUGCUUUGUUGAAAUGCGGAUGCGCAGGGAGACUGGCAUGUACAAGUACUCU